CUGUGCGCUGACUUCAGCUCCACUCAGAAGAACAGGCAGGUUCUUCUGCAAAGGGGGAGGGGGAGAGGAAAAGCCAUCAUUUAUUCCUGAAAAGAAAGGAGCUGGGAAAAUAAAAAAAAAAGCUACUGUACAGCUAGACAUACGUAUUUUAAAGAGAAGGAUGCUUUGGAAGACUCUGGUGCUGCUGCUGUUCUAUUGCAGUGCUUAUGCCACUGUGACCCACAGAUGGAGCAGAGCUGUGCUUUUCCCAGCUUCUCAGAGAUUCAAGAGGUCCUCAGCUGCCUUUCUGAACCCCGUGUUACAGAACUCGAUGGAAGAUGUGGUCCUGCUUUAUGAGUUUCUUUUAGCUGAGCUUGACAUCGACAAAGGUCAGAGGAUCUCCAUCAAGGAUGAGGAGCUGGCUUCCCUGAGGAAGGCUGCUGAGUUUGACACCAUCUGCAACGAGAUCAUCCCCAAGAGCAUCCCGGAGAUCCGCAGGCUGAGCAGCAGGCUGUCCUCCUACCCCAGGGUCCUCAAGAAGGAGGACUUUGAGAGGACAGUGCUGACCAUGGUCUACACGGCCUACAGAGCUGCCCAGUCCCAGGGGCACCAGAAGGACACUUGGGCUGAGUCCUUUGUCAACCUCUACAAAGCCCUGAAGAACGACUUGAUGCUGUCAUACAGCAAGCAGCCCUCGUAGUGGGAGGGGAGCAGCAGCUCAGCCACCUGCCCUGGCUGGUGAAGGACACCUCGUAGCACGCCCACCACUUUAUUCUGUAAAGAGUUUCAUAGCCUGCUUCGUGAGAGAUUGUUCGUUUUCUGGCUCCCUCUUGUGGAGUCCUCUUUCUAGUUCCAUGCUAAACGGUGAAAAACGUCUUCAGUCCUGAGAAUUCGAUUUUUGUGCUGGUUUGGAGGCGCCUUCUGUGACAGGAAAAGGAGGCAGUUUGGUGUACAUCCAGACAGAUCAGGCAAACCCUUGAUUCAUCCUUUGGGUUUCCUAUAAGCAAUACAUAAAUAUACUGUGCUUGUGCUCACAUGCUGGUGUGUAAAUGCUGGAGAGUUCUGCUUUCCUAGCUGGGGAAACAAGUUCAUGUUUUGGCUGGCCAGUAAGAGAAUAUGACACAGACAUGAAGGCCUGCUGCAAAAGGAAGAGGUUUCAUAACCUUCAGCCUUCAAAAAUUAUGCCACAUAUUAUCCAUUCCAAAUAUUCUCAUAAAUAAGCACCCUCUGAUUCACUUUAUUUGGCUGAGCCAGUGUUUAAUUGCAAUAACAUUUUCAGAAGACAAAGGGCAUUGUGAAGACCAGCAGCAAACAAUGCCUGUGAACGUAUUCCCUGCUUCCUGGAGCUGUCCUCCCAAACAGUCUGCAAUGAUUCUUUCAUUAUUUGCACAUGACUUGCUUCUGCUGCUUGGUUUUUUUGGUUUUGGUUUUUUUUUUUGGUUUUUUUUUUUUUUUUUUUUUUUGAAAGGAACAUGUAUUUUCAGUGGAAUCCAUGGCAAGACAAAAGCCCUAUUUAAUUUAAUAAUGACACAUUUUUCUUGGUUCUAUCACUUGAACGUAGGUUACCUAAACCUAUGCUCCAGAACCCCACUGAGGCAAGGGAGGAAGGUGCAUUAAAACAUAUCUGGUGCUGAAUUUGGCACUGUGGCUCUCUUUUUUUAACAGUAAAAUGUAUAUUCAUUUCAGUAUCCUUGUGUUUGUGUGUGUGUGUGUUUGUGUUUAUGCAUGUGUGUGCACAUGAGUGCUCAGUACGUAGAAAAAUCCCAAAUUGUUCAGUCAGUGAACAAUUGCAUCUGACCACUUGGCAGAAAAGGUUAUUUACAAAUUCAGUGGUGCAAAUUAUGAGUUUGGGACCAGCAAAGGAAAAACUGUAGAAAUACUGCAACCAAUUAUAAUGAACUCCCAAAAAAAGUCAUGAAAGGAAAAUGCACAGAAAAAGGAGAUCUAUUUUGUCAGAAGAGUGACUAGCUAUCAAAAAUCCAAACUCUUCUAAAUCAAACCUCUGAAUGUUUGUACACAGGAGAUACAAACUCUGUUUUUCUAUUGAUAUUAGAGGUGCUUCUUCUUCCAGACCAUGGGAAAAUAGCUGAGCAUUUAUUUCAUCCUUUCAUAUCACCAUUCUCUAUUUUUCUAUUGCAUUAUAUAUUAAGGAUGCAGGUCCAAAUCACAAAUUCCCAAGACUAAAACAUACCUAAGGAUUCCAGCCCAAGUUCUGAAUCAUGUUGAACUGCUUUUGCAUCACUUGAGCAAAAGGAAUUAAUUUUUCUGCGUCCCUUAACAGGGGUUUCACAAGGAUUGGAGCUGAAAAAAUCCACCCAGAGCACAGCGCAAGCAGUCAGAGCACUGGGUUUGGUAAACAAACCCAUUUUGUGGGUUUGGGGAGGCACAGCAGCCUUGGGGCAGUCUGGCCAUGGCAUUAGCAGCUGGACAAAGGGCUUAUAAAAGACAGACUCAGUCUUGUUUCCCCCAGGAGUUUCUGGAUUUGUGUGUAUGAGAGUGCACAUUCAUUUAGACACACAAAUAUAGAAGUGCACUUUUUUACCUGGAGAAUUUUGUUGGCCAUUCUCAAAGCCUGUCUGGCAGAUGGCAAAGGAAACUGCAAACCUCAGGCACAAAGCUGUGUGCCCCAAACCUCUGUGUCUCCUUUGCUUGCACACACAGAGCUCAGCAGCCCCAGAGCAGCCUUGCUUUCCUGCCCACGUGCCCUCUGAGCCCUCAGCUUUAACCCUGAUGCUCUGCUUGUGAUUUAUUCCCCCCCUCCAUGCUUUGUGAACACAUGAAGGGAAAAUGCCACUGAGUGCAACACUGCCUUUACAGCUCUGCUUCUUGGCACCCUGAAACACCACUUGCUGGAAGAGCAGUGGUGGAACCAGGGCAAUUCAUAAAUGGAACCAGGGCAAUUCAGAAAUGCCUCAUAGCCAGCUACUCCCCAUCUGCAAAAAUCACAAGAACUAGAGCAAGUAUUAAUUGCUAUCAGACAACUAGAGCAAAUAUUACUUGCUGUCUCACCAAUCAGAAAAAUACCUCCCAGCCCUGCUUCUCACCCCACAACAGGACUGCUCAGCACAGUUUACUAACCAAAAAAUAUCCCAUAAAAAAGAAUUACAGAUAUUUUUAAAUAUUUUAUAAUUCCCUAUGGCAUACAUCCCUUACCAUACUUACAAAUUGGUAACUGAAACAUUUAUGUCCUCAACAGAAAAUAAAGGUUUUAUGAGUUUGUUUCCCUUCUUCUUUUACUGUGUGUAAUGUA